CAAGCAGCUUGUCCGCAUCCUGCGCGGCAUGCUCGAUGUGGAGAUGCUCGACUUCAGGAUGAAUCCGUGCACCUUGGGGUGGUACCUGCCGCUACUCGUCGCAGACGUGCCCGGCGCGCUGCAGCCCUCCGACGGCGACCGCGCGGGCGCUGGCGCCGGGACGGGGCCAGGCCGGCCGAGCGCGGACGCGCACGGGCACGCAAUGCCCGCAGGGGGGGAGGCAGACGCGUCUGCGGCGGCCCCGGCGCGGGACGCGGGCGGGAGCGCGUGGAAAGAGCUGGACGCGAAGUUCCGGCGGGACCUGCCGGACGAGGCGUACGUGGGGCGGCUGGUGUACCGGGGGCUGGUGAUGCGCGCGUGCCCGGCGAUCCGGCUGCUGGACGGGGUGGAGGUGUCGGGGAAGGAGCGCGAGAAGGCGGAGCGGGUGCUGAAGGGCGUGCUGGGGAUGCGGCGGGGGCGGGUGGCGGGGCCGGAGGCGGAGGCGCGGGGGUAGCAGCUCGCGAUUGAGUUUGCGGGCGCGGGCGCGGGCGCUGGCUGGCCUGGGCUGGGCCCGGGGACGGCGGGGCUCGCACGCUAUCGGUCCGCGGGCUGGAGAUUGGGUAUUUUAGGGUCCGCAAUAGACGGAGCGGAUGUCAGGGCGAUUUGCGUGCAUGAUCUUUUGCUGUGUAUGGAGGAUUUGUGCAAUGCGAGUAUGGUGCUACU